AUGGCAUGUCAAGCAGGGAAUAUGCAUCCAGAUUGGUGUGGGCAAUUGCUUCCCCUGAGUAGAGUCCUUUACAUGUAUUCCACGUUGAAUUCGGUUUGUGAUGCUUGGGUCUGCAAUUUUGCUGAUUGCAACAAGGACUUGCCAGUUGUCAGAGCGUGCCACGCCAUCUGCAUCGAUCUGAGCUCAAACAGAUUGAACCUGAGACCGCGCUCGCCGGCCAUGGAAGGCGGACUUCAGGAACCCUUGACAGAGGGUGCAGAGGGAUGGAUCAAGCAGGCCAGCAUCGAGGUUCGACGAGGCUUUGUAAAGAAAGUCUACGGCAUUCUCACGGCGCAGUUGGUGCUGACGACUUUGGUGGCAUAUCCCAUUGCCCAAAUGCCGGGCCUUGAGCUGGAGCACAGCUGGGCCCCCAGUGUCUCAGUCGCCACGCUGAUUGCGACUUGUGUGAUUAUGAUUUGCUUCAGGGAUCUGCUGCGCAAGUUUCCCACCAACUACAUCGUUCUGGGGCUCUUCACUGCUGCCACGGGCACCACAGUGGGAAUGGCAUGCCGCCAGUACGAGCCCUUGGUGAUCUUUCUGGCCCUGACAGUGACAGCCGCUACUUUUGCUCUUAUGACAGCUUAUGCCUUCACAACAAAGAGCGACAUGACUGACAAGGGGCCCUACCUCUUUGUGGGCCUCUGCGUGUUGAUCAUGAUGAGCUUUGGCUUGCUUGUGCUGAAUGCAAUGGGCAUCCAGCUUCCUCUUCUGCAGCAGCUAUGCGCAGUUGGGGGUGCGCUCCUCUUCGCCUUUUACAUGGUGUUCGACACGCAGUGCAUGCUUGGUAGUUGGGGUGGGCACAAGAUCGAAUUCUCGGUGGAUGACUACGCUUUCGCGGCCCUCAACUUGUACUUAGACAUCAUCAAUUUCUUCCUGGAGAUUGUUCAGGUGAUCGGAAGGAGAGAUUAG